UGGGAACUCAUUUUGAAGCUGCAGCAACAAAGAAAAUGCCAUGUUCGAAAGAAGAAGCUCUUGUUAGGCUUUUCUGCAAUGUCUCAAGCUCUUUCCUUCUUCUCUUCCUCUUCUUCUACUGCUCCACCCUUUUGCUUGCCAAGCUCUUCCAUUUUCUUGGCAGCAAUCCAACCUUUUUCAGAAAACAAAAUGGAUACGAGUAUAACUUGUUCUCGGAUGAUGAGGAAGAAGAAGAAGCACAGGAAGAUCAAGAAGAAAGGCGUUUUCAUGUUGAGUGCCUUGAUCAAGAUCAUCUGGUGGCCGACAUCGUUCAUGGCAGUGAAGCUCUGUUUUUUCAACCAAACAGCCACCCUCAGAGGAAUCAAUCUCUUUCGCAAGAAUUCAUGAGCAUAAAUGAAGACCCAGAUGAGGAUUAUGCCCCUGAAAUUCUCCCUGUUGAUGACUCACUCGAAGGUGAUGACAUGUUUGAAGAUGAGGAAAUCCCUCCAAGAGAUUCUGAUGACUCUGCUUUCAGCUCUGUUCCAAAUCAUGGCGGCCCCACCAUGCCAAAAACAACUAUAGACAACGACAAAAACUGUCACGAAGAUGAUCACUUUCGCAAUGAAGACAAGAAGGCAGAGACAAAUUUCUUCGAGGACGAGAAAUUCUUUACUAUUGCACCAGCCAAGUUGGAGAAAAAGAAGCUUGUAGCUCAAGAAAAUGACGAUGAGAUCUUUGGUGACUCCUGCACCGUUGGCUCCACAUCCAAGAGCUCAUCCGAGUGGAGAAGCUCCAUUAAUUGCAGGGAUUCCGGGACUGAUCAGGAUCCAUUUUCUUCUUCUUCCCGCAGGAGUUGCCCCAAGUGGGAAUCCUACACAGUCUUUCAGAAAUACGAUGAAGAAAUGAUGUUCCUUGACAGAAUCAGUGCACAAAAGCUACAUGAAACAGAGUCACUUAGGUCGAUUCAAGUGUGUCCAAGAUCAAUAUCGGAGAGGCUUGUUCAUAAGUUUGCGACGGCAAACAAACGGCCGUCAGAUGUCCGGCGACAGAACCCAUAUCGUGAACUGGAGGCAGCCUAUGUGGCUCAGAUUUGCUUAACAUGGGAAGCUCUCAAUUGGAACUACAAGAAUUUUCAACAGAAGAGAGCUUCACGCCGUGAUCCUGACCCCGGCUGUCCUGCCAAUGUCGCCCAAGAGUUUCAGCAAUUCCAGGUUCUUUUGCAGCGAUAUAUAGAGAAUGAACCUUAUGAGCAAGGCCGAAGACCUGAGGUUUAUGCCAGGAUGAGGCUUUUGGCACCAAAAUUGCUUCUGGUGCCGGAAUACCGAGAUUCGGAAGAUGAUGAGAAGGAGUUUGAUUUUGGAUCAAGAAUUUCAUCGCCAGAAUUUCUGAUGAUAAUGGAAGAAGGAAUCCGAACUUUCAUGCAUUUUCUCAAGGCUGACAGGGAAAAACCAUGCCAGCUGAUAUCAGCAUUUUUCAGGAGAGGCAGAAGAGGUUCAGUUGAUCCAACUCUUCUCCAGCUGAUGAAGAAAGUUAAUAAAAAAAAGAAGAUGAAGCUCAAAGAUCUUCGGCGUGUUCGAAAAUGCUUGCGAAAAAGAAAAUUGAAUGCAAAUGAAGAGAUGGAGAUAUUGAUGGGUCUAAUAGACCUGAAAGUGGUGUCUAGGGUUAUGAGAAUGAGUGACAUAGGUGAAGAACAAAUGCACUGGUGUGAAGAGAAGAUGAGCAAAGUGAAAGUUUUGGAAGGUAAAUUACAAAGAGAUUCCUCAACACUUUUCUUCCCAGCACACUGACCCACCAUAUUAUAUUGCUAAGUUGCUUCCUGACUAGACAAUGAAUGUGCAUGACUGCACAAGAUGAUGAAUAUCCUUGACACCCUUUUGUAAAUAAUAUAAAAAAAACAAUCAAAGCGGCCCUGCAAAUCUCGGUAAUUACAUGUGGGUGGCAUGGAUUUUGGAGAGAUGGAAUCCAUGAAAGGAGAGUUUAGAUGGGUUGGCUAUGCACAUGAUUUCAUCAAUAGUGAAAGGGAAAGAUGAAAGACAAAGCAAGGAACAUGAAGAUAUAGACAAGGGUAGCUUUAAUUAGUUCACUUUAGCUUUUUAACUACAGUUUUCAAUAAGGGAUUUGAGCUGACCAAAAGAAGAAUGAUCAAGGCUGCUGCUGUGGAAUAAAAAGGUCGCAAGCACAUCAGCACAUGGUACACUCAAGGGACUUUGUAGACUCAGAUGACCCCACAAAGGAGAAGGGAGAAAAAUAAAGGAGUAAAUCCAACCUUUUGUGAUGUAACCAGACAGCAUGGGCUUUAAUGAUUUAACCAAAAAUGUUACGUUAUUAUCUUAGAUA